GUUUUAGUACCUCUAAAACCGUCCCAAAAUGACGACAAUUGUGGAGGAAUAUGAGGAAUUUGAGGAGGAGGAGGAGGAGGAAGAGGAGGAGAUUGUGGAGGAGAUUACAUCGACGACUGUCACUGAGCACAAGACUCAGUCCUUUCAGUCUGGAUUGCCCACCAGGAAAGUCAGGAAGAAGGUCAAGGUGGAUACUUCCAAGUUCAUGACUCCAUACCUGGCUCACAGCCAGAAGAUGCUGGAGCAGUUCAGCCACAACAAGUAUCGCCAUGCUUAUGACGUGUCCAGAGGUCAGCCUCCUGCCCUCACCACUGUUACCCCUGAAUUGAUCCGCAUCAGGAAGGCCCAGGAGCAGCUUAGCGAGGUUAAAUACCGCAUGGAGGGAAAUAAGGCUCGGACGACAAGCAUGUAUGAUGGUGAGGCCAGAGAGAUCGCCCACGUCAAGCAUGUGUCUGAACUGAUCAGCAAGGUUCUGUACAGACAGAAGUGGGAUGAGACUAAGGACAGGUACCUGCUGCCUCCUGAUGCUCCUGAGCUGGUCCUGGCUGUGAAGAAUGCUGCUAACUACAGCAAAAAACUUUACACGGAGGCCUGGGACGAAGAGAAGACCAUGUUAUAUCCUUACAGCGACAGCCCAGAGCUGCGCAGGGUGGCCAAGGCUCAGGAGGUCCUCAGUGAUAUUCACUACAAGAAGGGUCACCAUGAGCGCAAGGCCAAGUACACCUCUUUGCCUGAUCCUCCCGAAAUGGAGCUGGCCAGGAAAGCGGACCAGCAGCGCAGUGAUCUUAAGUACAAGGAGGAUUACAAUAAAAAUGUGAAGGGUCAAUGGUGUGAGACGCCCUACUUCGACGUGGCCACUGCCAGAGUGGCGAUGGACAACCUCAGCAGUAGGAAAUACACGCAACAUCAUGAGGAUACGAAAGACCAAAUUUAUUUCAUGCAAACAGACACGCCGGUUUACGACUCAAACAAAAAGGCUCGUGUUGCUGCUAGUGAAGUCCAAUACAAGAAGGAAUAUGAGAAGUCAAAGGCACAGUCCGACUACAACACGCUCCCCGCCACUGAGAAUCCUCUCCUCCGACAGCUCAGAUAUGCUGGCAAAAUCCUCAGUGAUAAAGUAUAUAAGGCCAACUAUGAGAAAUCCAGGGGUUUCAGCAUCAACUACUGUAACACGCCCAAGUUUCAGAUGGACUCAGUACUUAAACAGUUCACUGACGCACAUUACAAAGAUAAGUAUGACAAUGAGGUGAAGGGCCACUACAUCGGCAGCUAUGAAGAUCUCUACAUGCUUCACUGUCAGAAAGUUGAGGAAAUGAAGAGCGAGCACCAAUAUAAAUCUGACUAUGAAGACAUCAAAACGAGAUGCUUCUACCCUCAAACAGUCACGCCUGAAUAUGAAGCAAGCAAGAAGCUUCAACAGUGUAACGAUAAAGUUUACCGGCAACAUCCAGACACAGUGAAAUUUACACAAGUGGUGGAUUCGCCAGUUCUGGUUCAAGCCGCCGUCAACGCCAAACAGCUAAGUGACUUGAACUACAAGGCAAAGUAUGAGGAAACAAAGUUCAAGUGUAGUCUGCCCCCAGACUAUCCCUUCUUCAUCCAGUCCAGAGUUAACGCUUUUAACCUCAGUGAUAACUGUUAUAAGUACGAUUGGGAGAAAUCUAAAGCGAAAAAGUUUGAGGUCAGGGGCGAUGCCAUCUCGAUCCUGGCUGCCCGCGCUCACACAAACAUCGCCAGUGAUGUUAAAUAUAAAAAGGAGUACGAGAAGAACAAGGGACAAAUGGUUGGAGCCCUUAGUAUUAAUGACGAUCCCAAGAUCUUGCACUCUGUUCACGUGGCCAAAAUCCAGAGUGAUCGUGAAUAUAAGAAGGACUAUGAAAAGAUAAAGACCAAGUACCACACACCACUGGAUAUGUUGUCAGUCACCUUGGCUAAGAAAUCCCAGGCCAUUGCCAGCAUGGCUGGGUACAGGAGCAUCAGUACCAACUUCUUCCUGCCCUAUGACAGUGUGCUGCUGGACCUGGCCAAGAAAGCCAACGUCAUCCAGAGUGACAACGAAUACAAGUCUGACUACAACAGCUACACUAAAGGUAGCCCAUGGGUGACCUUUGGCUCCAUGGACGUGGAAAAGGCCAAGAAAGCAGGAGAGAUCCUCAGUGAGAGAAAAUACAGACAACACCCAGACACAAUCCCCUUCACAUCAAUUGACGACCACCCCAUCAUGAUGCAGGCCAAAGUCAACCAGCUUCAGAGGAGUGAUCGGUUCUACAAGAGAGGUCUUGAGGAGAUUCAUCAGAAGUACUCUCUGCCUCCUGAUGUCCCCGAGUUCCAACAGGCCAAGUGCAAUGCCUACAACAUCAGCAAGAACUACUACAAGCACGCCUGGCAGGAGUUGAUUGCUAAAGGUUAUGACCUAAAGCCCGAUGCUAUCUCUGUGAUCGCUGCCAAAGCCGCCAGACACGCUGCCAGUGAUGUCCAAUACAAAAAGGCUUACGAGAAGGCCAAAGGCCACCACGUUGGCUUCCGCAGCCUCCAGGACGAUCCUCUGCUGGUUCACUACAUGGAGGUGGCCAAGCUGCAGAGUGACAAGAACUACAAGAAGGACUACCACAAGGCCAAGCUGAAGUAUCACACCCCAGUGGACAUGAUGAGUUUGGCUCAUGCCAAGCACGCCUCUAAAGUUCAGACCUUUGCUGGCUACAAACAGCACCACCAUAAUUACUGUCUUCUUCCUGGCUCUAUGAGUCUCGACCUUGCUCGCAGCAUGAACUACAAUUCUAGUGAUUAUCACUAUAAAAUGGAUUAUGAGACCUCGGUUAAGGGAACUGGCUGGAUUCCCAUUGGUUCCCUGGAGGUGGAAAAAGCCAAGGCCGCAGCUGCAGCUCUUGAUGAGAAGAAGUACCGCCAGCACCCUGACACCAUCAAAUUCACCAGUGUUCCUGACUCCAUGAACAUGGAGCUGGCCAAGGCCAAUGCCAAGAUCAUGAAUAUGAAAGAGUAUAAGGCCAGUGGAGAGAAGUUCAUGCACACUUACCAUCUCCCUCCUGAUGCCCCUGAACUGAUGCAAGCCAGAUACAACGCUGUCAACAUCAGCCAGAAUUACUACACCUAUGCUCAUCGUCAAGAUCUGCUCAAAGGACAUCAUGUGAAGGAAGAUUCUAUUCCUAUUGUUGCAGCAAAAUCCUCCAGAGACAUUGCCAGUAACUACAAGUACAAGUUGGCUUACGAGAAGGCCAAAGGCCAACACGUUGGCUUCCGCAGCCUCCAGGACGAUCCUCUGCUGGUUCACUACAUGGAGUUGGCCAAGCUGCAGAGUGACAAGAACUACAAGAAGGACUACCACAAGGCCAAGCUGAAGUAUCACACCCCAGUGGACAUGAUGAGUGUGGCCCACGCCAAGCACGCCUCUACUGUUCAGACCAAUGCUGGUUACAGAAAGAUCCCUCACAACUACUUCCUUCUGCCCGACAACAUGCACCUGCAGCUGUGUCGCAACAUGAUGGAGAUUCAGAGUGAUAAUGUCUACAAAUCAGAUUAUUCCAACACCUUUAAAGGCGCAGGGUGGGUGCCUAUUGGUUCUCUGGAUGUUGAGAAGGCCAGAGCUGCUAAAGCUGCACUGGAUGAGAGAGGCUACCGCCAGCAUCCCAGUACUCUCAAAUUCACAAGCAAGACUGACGCCAUGAACAUGGCUUUGGCUCUGACCAACUCGAAGCAGAUGGACAUAGCUGCAUACAAAGCGUCUGGCGAGAAGUUCGUGCACACCUAUAAUCUUCCCGCUGACAGCCCUGAGUUCCUCCAGGCUAAAUUCAAUGCCCAGACCGUUAGCGAGAGUCACUACAAGCACAAGUGGCUGGAAGAUAUUGCCAAGGGAUAUGACUUGAAGCCUGAUGCUAUUUCUAUCCUGCAUGCCAAGCACGGCAGACAUAUUGCCAGCAAUGUCCAAUACAAAAAGGCUUACGAGAAGGCCAAAGGCCAACACGUUGGCUUCCGCAGCCUCCAGGACGAUCCUCUGCUGGUUCACUACAUGGAGUUGGCCAAGCUGCAGAGUGACAAGAACUACAAGAAGGACUACCACAAGGCCAAGCUGAAGUAUCACACCCCAGUGGACAUGAUGAGUGUGGCCCACGCCAAGCACGCCUCUACUGUUCAGACCUAUGCUGGUUACAGAAAGAUCCCUCACAGCUACUUCCUUCUGCCUGACAACAUGCACCUGCAGCGGUGUCGCACCAUGAACACCCAGUCAAGUGACUGUAAUUACAAGUCUGACUGGAAUAACUGCGUCAGAGGUAUUGGAUGGGUCCCUAUUGGCUCAAUUGGAGUUGAGACCGCUAAAGUCGGUGGUCAGAUUCUGAGUGAGCACAAGUACCGCACUCAUCCAUCCAACUUCAAGUACACCAAGCUGAUGGACUCCAUGGACGUGGCUCUGGCCACUGCCAACAACCAGAUCAUGAACAAGCAAGCAUACACUGCUGCCUGGGAGAAGGACAAACUGACAGUCCACAUCAUGCCAGAUGCUCCUGAGAUUGUCCUGGCCAAGGCUAAUGCCCUCAAUAUGAGCAAUAAACUUUACAAAGCAGGUAUUGUGGAGAUGGCCAAUAAGGGCUACAACCUCAAAGGAGAUGCCAUCUCCAUUGUGGCUGCCAAGUCUGGUACCAAUAUUGCCAGUAAUUACAAGUACAAGUUGGCUUACGAGAAGGCCAGAGGCCACCACGUUGGCUUCCGCAGCCUCCAGGACGAUCCUCUGCUGGUUCACUACAUGGAGGUGGCCAAGCUGCAGAGUGACAAGAACUACAAGAAGGACUACCACAAGGCCAAGCUGAAGUAUCACACCCCAGUGGACAUGAUGAGUGUGGUCCACGCCAAGCACGCCUCUACUGUUCAGACCUAUGCUGGUUACAGAAAGAUCCCUCACAGCUACUUCCUUCUGCCUGACAACAUGCACCUGCAGCGGUGUCGCACCAUGAACACCCAGUCAAGUGACUGUGAUUACAAAUCUGACUGGAAUAACUGCGUCAGAGGUAUUGGAUGGGUCCCUAUUGGCUCAAUUGGAGUUGAGACCGCUAAAGUUGGUGGUCAGAUUCUGAGUGAGCACAAGUACCGCACUCAUCCAUCCAACUUCAAGUACACCAAGCUGAUGGACUCCAUGGACGUGGCUCUGGCCACUGCCAACAACCAGAUCAUGAACAAGCAAGCAUACACUGCUGCCUGGGAGAAGGACAAACUGACAGUCCACAUCAUGCCAGAUGCUCCUGAGAUUGUCCUGGCCAAGGCUAAUGCCCUCAAUAUGAGCAAUAAACUUUACAAAGCAGGUAUUGUGGAGAUGGCCAAUAAGGGCUACAACCUCAAAGGAGAUGCCAUCUCCAUUGUGGCUGCCAAGUCUGGUACCAAUAUUGCCAGUAAUUACAAGUACAAGUUGGCUUACGAGAAGGCCAGAGGCCACCACGUUGGCUUCCGCAGCCUCCAGGACGAUCCUCUGCUGGUUCACUACAUGGAGGUGGCCAAGCUGCAGAGUGACAAGAACUACAAGAAGGACUACCACAAGGCCAAGCUGAAGUAUCACACCCCAGUGGACAUGAUGAGUGUGGUCCACGCCAAGCACGCCUCUACUGUUCAGACCUAUGCUGGUUACAGAAAGAUCCCUCACAGCUACUUCCUUCUGCCUGACAACAUGCACCUGCAGCGGUGUCGCACCAUGAACACCCAGUCAAGUGACUGUGAUUACAAAUCUGACUGGAAUAACUGCGUCAGAGGUAUUGGAUGGGUCCCUAUUGGCUCAAUUGGAGUUGAGACCGCUAAAGUUGGUGGUCAGAUUCUGAGUGAGCACAAGUACCGCACUCAUCCAUCCAACUUCAAGUACACCAAGCUGAUGGACUCCAUGGACGUGGCUCUGGCCACUGCCAACAACCAGAUCAUGAACAAGCAAGCAUACACUGCUGCCUGGGAGAAGGACAAACUGACAGUCCACAUCAUGCCAGAUGCUCCUGAGAUUGUCCUGGCCAAGGCUAAUGCCCUCAAUAUGAGCAAUAAACUUUACAAAGCAGGUAUUGUGGAGAUGGCCAAUAAGGGCUACAACCUCAAAGGAGAUGCCAUCUCCAUUGUGGCCGCCAAGUCUGGUACCAAUAUUGCCAGUAAUUACAAGUACAAGUUGGCUUACGAGAAGGCCAGAGGCCACCACGUUGGCUUCCGCAGCCUCCAGGACGAUCCUCUGCUGGUUCACUACAUGGAGUUGGCCAAGCUGCAGAGUGACAAGAACUACAAGAAGGACUACCACAAGGCCAAGCUGAAGUAUCACACCCCAGUGGACAUGAUGAGUGUGGCCCACGCCAAGCACGCCUCUACUGUUCAGACCAAUGCUGGUUACAAGCACAUUAUCUCCCGCUACACAGUGCUGCCUGAUGCCAUGAACCUGCAACUGGCUCGUAACAUGCAGUUCAUUGCCAGUGAUAACCAGUACAAGAGUGACUAUCAUAGCUGCGUAAGAGGAUUAGGUUGGGUUCCUAUUGGAUCGCUGGAUGUCGAGAAAGCAAAAACAGCCGGCCGGAUCUUCAGUGAGUCACAAUAUCGUCAAGCUCCUAGCAACUUCAAAUUCACCAAGGACAUGCAUUCCAUGGAUCUGGCUCUGGCCACUGCCAACAACCAGAUAAUGGAUAAGCAAUCCUACACCAAAGCCUGGGAGAACGACAAGACUUCGAUCCACAUGAUGCCUGAUGCAAUGGACAUUGUUCUGGCCAGAGGAAACAAGAAGAACUACAGUGAGAAACUGUACAAACUGGAUAAUGAGCUGUCCAAGAAGAAGGGCCAUAAUUUCCAUGCUGAUGCCAUUGCAGUCCAGGCAGCCAAGGCCUCCACUGCUAUUGCUAGUGAUUACAAGUACAAGACAGGAUACCGUAAGCAGGUUGGUCACCACAUUGGUGCCCUCAGCAUCCAGGACGACCCUCUUCUCAUGCUGGCUCUGAACUCAGCCAAGAUCGCCAGUGAUGCUCUGUACAAGAAGGACUUCAACAAGUCCAAGACCAAGUUCCACCUGCCAGUGGACAUGCUGUCCUUUGAACUGGCCAAGAAGAACCAGAUUCAGGUCAACCACGCCAACUACAUCACCCGUUUGCACAAAUGGACCUGUCUGCCAGACUCCACCGAUGUCGUCCUGGCCAGACAUGCUUAUAACCUGCAGAGUGAUAAUGUGUACAAGGAGGAUCUGAAGAAUUUGCAGGGUACUGGAUGGGUGCCCAUAGGUUCACUGGAUGUUGAGAAGGCGAAGAAAGCUGGUGAGAUCCUGAGUGAGAAAAAUUAUCGUCAGCACCCAAGCAACUUCAAAUUCAUAGCCACUACUGAAGACAUGCCCAUGGUUUUGGCUAAGGCCAAUGCUCAUGUCAUGAACAAGAAAGCUUACACUGAAGCCUGGGAGAAAGACAAGACCUCCAUCCACGUCAUGCCUGAUGCUAUGGAUAUUCUGUUGGCCAAAGCGAACAAAGUCAACUACAGUGUGAGCAAGUACAAGCAGGCACAUGAAGAUGCCAAGAAGAAGGGAUAUGACCUGCGUAAUGAUGCCAUUUCCAUCAUCGCAGCCAGGGGUUCCAGGGACAUUGCCAGUGAUUACAAGUACAAGACAGGAUACCGUAAGCAGGUUGGUCACCACAUUGGCGCUCGCAGCGUCCAGGACGACCCUCUGCUCAUGCUGGCUCUGAACUCAGCCAAGAUCGCCAGUGAUGCUCUGUACAAGAAGGACUUCAACAUGUCCAAGACCAAGUUCCACCUGCCAGUGGACAUGCUGUCCUUUGAAUUGGCCAAGAAGAACCAGAUUCAGGUCAACCACGCCAACUACAUCACCCGUUUGCACAACUGGACUUGUCUGCCAGACUCCAACGAUGUCGUCCUGGCCAGACAUGCUUAUAACCUGCAGAGUGAUAAUAUGUACAAGGAGGAUCUGAAGAAUUUGCAGGGUACUGGAUGGGUGCCCAUAGGUUCACUGGAUGUUGAGAAGGCGAAGAAAGCUGGUGAGAUCCUGAGUGAGAAAAAUUAUCGUCAGCACCCAAGCAACUUCAAAUUCAUAGCCACUACUGAAGACAUGCCCAUGGUUUUGGCUAAGGCCAAUGCUCAUGUCAUGAACAAGAAAUCAUACAUCGAAGCCUGGGAGAAUGACAAGACGAAGAUCCACGUCAUGCCUGACGCUAUGGAUGUUCUUCUAGCCAAGGCGAACAAUGUCAACUACAGCAUGAAAAAGUACACACAGGCACAUGAAGAUGCCAAGAAGAAGGGAUAUGACCUGCGCAAUGAUGCCAUUUCCAUCAUCGCAGCCAGGGGUUCCAGGGACAUUGCAAGUGAUUACAAGUACAAGACAGGAUACCGUAAGCAGGUCGGUCACCACAUUGGUGCCCGCUGUGUGCAAGACGACCCUCUGCUCAUGCUGGCUCUGAACUCAGCCAAGAUCGCCAGUGAUGCUCUGUACAAGAAGGACUUCAACAAGUCCAAGACCAAGUUCCACCUGCCAGUGGACAUGCUGUCCUUUGAACUGGCCAAGAAGAACCAGAUUCAGGUCAACCACGCCAACUACAUCACCCGUUUGCACAACUGGACUUGUCUGCCAGACUCCAACGAUGUCGUCCAGGCCAGACAUGCUUAUAACCUGCAGAGUGAUAAUGUUUACAAGGAGGAUCUGAAGAGUUUGCAGGGUAUAGGAUGGGUGCCCAUAGGUUCACUGGAUGUUGAGAAGGCGAAGAAAGCUGGUGAGAUCCUGAGUGAGAAAAAUUAUCGUCAGCACCCAAGCAACUUCAAAUUCAUAGCCACUACUGAAGACAUGCCCAUGGUUUUGGCUAAGGCCAAUGCUCAUGUCAUGAACAAGAAAUCAUACAUCGAAGCCUGGGAGAAUGACAAGACGAAAAUCCACGUCAUGCCUGACGCUAUGGAUGUUCUUCUAGCCAAGGCGAACAAUGUCAACUACAGCAUGAAAAAGUACACACAGGCACAUGAAGAUGCCAAGAAGAAGGGCUAUGACCUGCGCAAUGAUGCCAUUUCCAUCAUCGCAGCCAGGGGUUCCAGGGACAUUGCCAGUGAUUACAAGUACAAGACAGGAUACCGUAAGCAGGUCGGUCACCACAUUGGUGCCCGCUGUGUGCAAGACGACCCUCUUCUCAUGCUGGCUCUGAACUCAGCCAAGAUCGCCAGUGAUGCUCUGUACAAGAAGGACUUCAACAAGUCCAAGACCAAGUUCCACCUGCCAGUGGACAUGCUGUCCUUUGAACUGGCCAAGAAGAACCAGAUUCAGGUCAACCACGCCAACUACAUCACCCGUUUGCACAACUGGACUUGUCUGCCAGACUCCACCGAUGUCGUCCAGGCCAGACAUGCUUACGACCUGCAGAGUGAUGCUGUCUACAAAGCUGAUCUGAAGUGGCUCCAGGGCAUGGGCUGGGUCCCCAUUGGCUCACUUGACGUGGAGAAAGCCAAGAAGGCUGGAGAAAUCUUGAGCGAAAGGAAGUACCGCCAGCACCCCAGCACCGUUCCCUUCACCUGCUCCACAGAUGCCAUGGAGAUCGUACUGGCAAAGAAUAACGCCUUGACCAUGAACAAGCGUCUGUACAUCGAAGCAUGGGAGAAAGACAAGACCAAGCUGCAUAUCAAACCUGACACCCCUGAGAUCCUCCUCUCUCAGCAGAAUGCGAUCAACAUGAGCAGGAAACUAUACAGACAAGGUUUUGAGGAAACAAUUAAUAAGGGCUAUUUCCUCCCUGCGGAUUCCAUCUCUGUCAAGGCUGCAAAGGCCUCCAGGGACAUCGUCAGUGAUUACAAAUACAAGACAGGAUACCGUAAGCAGGUCGGCCACCACAUUGGUGCCCGCUGUGUGCAAGACGACCCUCUGAUCAUGCUGGCUCUGAACUCAGCCAAGAUUGCCAGUGAUGCUCUGUACAAGAAGGACUUCAACAAGUCCAAGACCAAGUUCCACCUGCCAGUGGACAUGCUGAAUCUUGAGCUGGCCAAGAAAUGCCAGAUCCAAGUCAACGAUUUCAACUACAGGACUCAUCUGCACAACUGGACUUGCCUACCAGACUCCACCGAUGUGGUCCAGGCCAGGAAAGCCUAUGAUCUUCAGAGUGACGCUGUAUACAAAGCUGACAUGGACGAGAUUGUAGGUGUGGGAUGGAUCCCUAUUGGUUCACUGGAUGUGUUGAAGGCCAAGCAUGCUGGAACAAUUCUCAGUGAUCGUCUCUACAAGCAGAAACAAGACUCACUGAAAUAUACCACUGACAUGUCUUCCAUGCCCAUGGUCUUAGCCAAAACUAAUGCUGAUAUCAUGAACAAGAAAACCUACAUUUCUGCUUGGGAGGCUGACAAGAUUAAGACUCAUGUCACCUCUGACUUGCCUGAGCUGCUGCUUUCCAAAGCUAAUGCACACAACAUCAGCAAGAAACUGUACAGGCAAGCUGUUGAGGACGCCUUCAGAAAGGGCUAUGACCUUAAGGCUGACGCUGUCUCUGUUAUUGCUGCCAAACAUGGAAGAGAGAUCAUCAGUGAUUACAAAUACAAGACAGGAUACCGUAAGCAGGUCGGCCACCACAUUGGUGCCCGCUGUGUGCAAGACGACCCUCUGAUCAUGCUGGCUCUGAACUCAGCCAAGAUUGCCAGUGAUGCCUUGUACAAGAAGGACUUCAACAAGUCCAAGACCAAGUUCCACCUGCCAGUGGACAUGCUGAAUCUUGAGCUGGCCAAGAAAUGCCAGAUCCAAGUCAACGAUUUCAACUACAGGACUCAUCUGCACAACUGGACUUGCCUACCAGACUCCACCGAUGUGGUCCAGGCCAGAAAGGCGUAUGACCUGCAGAGUGAUGCUGUGUACAAGGCUGACAUGGAAUGGAUCAAGGGCACAGGUUGGGUGCCAAUUGGGUCAAUUGAUGUGGAGAAGGCCAAGAAAGCAGCAGAGAUCCUGAGCGAGAGGAAGUACCGUCAGCAUCCCAGCAACUUCAAGUUCACUGCCAACACAUGUGACAUGCCAUAUGCCCUUGCUCAGGCCAAUGCCCAGACUAUGAACAAGAAAGCAUAUAUGGCUGCCUGGGAGAAUGAUAAAACCAACAUUCACAUCAUGCCUGACACCCCAGAGGUCCUCCUGGCCAAGCAGAAUAAACUCAACACCAGUCUGAAAUAUUAUCGUGAAGGCUAUAUGGACACCAUCAACAAAGGCUACUUCCUUCCCAAAGAUGCAAUUUCUGUCUUAGCAGCCAAACACUCCCGUCACAUCAUCAGUGAUUACAAAUACAAGGCUGGUUUCCGAAAGCAGUGCGGCCAUCAUAUUGGUGCCCUUAGCAUCAACGACGACCCAAUGUGUUUGCUGGCCGCUCAUGUAGCCAAGAUCUCCAGUGAUAACAUCUAUAAGAAGGACUUCAACAAGUCCAAGACCAAGUUCCACCUGCCAGUGGACAUGCUGACACUUGAACUGGCCAAGAAAUGCCAGAUCCAAGUCAACGACUUCAACUACAGAACUCAUCUGCACAACUGGACAUGUCUGCCAGACUCCACCGAUGUGGUCCAGGCCAGAAAGGCAUAUGACCUGCAGAGUGAUGCUGUAUACAAAGCUGAUCUGGAUUGGCUGAGGGGAUGCGGCUGGUCACCUCAGGACUCUGUGGACGUCGUCAAAGCUAGAAACGCCCAGGCUAUUAUCAAUGAAAGGCUCUACCGCCAGCCUCCAAGCAGUGUCAAGUUCACCAGCGUUGUGGACCUCCCAGCUAUUGUCUUGUCCAAGCAAAACGCUGACAACAUCAGUGAUAGGAAAUAUAGAGAAGUCUGGGAUAAAGACAAGCUCACCAUUCACAUACCACAUGAUGCCCCCUCCUUUGAACUGUCCAAGGCCAAUGCUAUCAACAUCAGCAACAAACUCUACACAAAGGCAUGGGAUGACCAGAAAGCCAAAGGCUUCCAUAUCAAGCAGGAUGCUAUCUCUGUGCUGAAGGCUAGAGCUUCCAGAGAUAUCGUCAGUGAUUACAAGUACAAGACAGGAUACCGUAAGCAGGUCGGCCACCACAUUGGUGCCCGCUGUGUGGAAGACGACCCUCUGAUCAUGCUGGCUCUGAACUCAGCCAGGAUUGCCAGUGAUGCUCUGUACAAGAAGGACUUCAACAAGUCCAAGACCAAGUUCCACCUGCCAGUGGACAUGCUGAGUCUUGAGCUGGCCAAGAAAUGCCAGAUCCAAGUCAAUGAUUUCAACUACAGAACUCAUCUGCACCAGUGGACAUGUCUGCCAGACUCCACCGAUGUGGUCCAGGCCAGGAAAGCCUAUGAUCUUCAGAGUGAUGCUGUGUACAAAGCUGACAUGGAGUGGUUACGUGGAUGUGGUUGGAUGCCACAUGAGUGUGUGGAUGUUAUGAAGGUGAAGCAUGCACAGAAGAUCCUGGCUGACAGAGGCUACCGUGUCAAGUUGGAUGACCAGAAAUUCACAGUUCCAACUGACAGAGUCGACAUGAUCUGCGCCAAGAAUGCUGCUGAUGUCCUCAACGAGGCCAAAUAUCGUGAAGCCUGGCACCAGGACAAGACCAAGUACUCGCUGGUGGACACUCCAGGUCUUGCCACAGCCAGAGAGGUGGCUAAGAACGUGCACCCGAAACUCUACACCAAAGCAUGGGACUCAGUCAAAGCUACAGGAUACUUCAUGCCUGGAGAUGCUGUGCCAAUCAAACAGUGCAUCAUGACGACUAAAGUGCAGAGUAAACACAAGUACCUUGAGGCAUACCGUAAGCAGGUCGGCCACCACAUUGGUGCUCUCAGCGUCCAGGACGACCCUCUGCUCAUGCUGGCUCUGAACUCAGCCAGGAUCGCCAGUGAUGCUCUGUACAAGAAGGACUUCAACAAGUCCAAGACCAAGUUCCACCUGCCAGUGGACAUGCUUCAGUUUGAACUGGCCAAGAAAUGCCAGAUCCAAGUCAAUGAUGACCACUACAGAACUCGCCUGCACCAGUGGACUUGUCUGCCAGACUCCACCGAUGUCAUCCAGGCCCGCAAGGCAUAUGAUCUUCAAAGCGAUUUUAUGUAUAAGGCUGACAUGGAAUGGAUUCGUGGCUGCGGCUGGGUGGCAGCUGACUCUGUUGACCACGUCAGAGUCAGGAAGGCCCAGGAAAUUCUCAACGAAAGGCUUUACAAAAAGAAUGCCAUAGACAGCUUCGGGAAAUUCACCCUGGUUGUGGACCGCCCUGAGAUCCUCUUGGCAAAGACAAAUGCUGCCAACCUCAGUGAUCUGAAGUACAAAGAGACGUUCAAUGCAGAAAAGGGUCAUUACAUUGGUUCAGAUGACACUCCUCAACUGGCCCAUAGCAGGGAAGUGUCCAAGAACAUCAGUGAGAAACUCUACAAACUGAACUGGGACGAGUCUAAGGCCACAGGCUACCAGCUGGACCAAAAAUACAUCCCACUUCUAAGUGGCAGGAAGAGCAGGGACAUUGCUAGUGAUGCCAAGUACAAGGACGCCCAUGAGAAGGCCAAGGGUCACUACAUGGCUGGAACCCUGGUAGAUUUCCCUGAGGUGAUGCGCUGUGGAGAUCAGGAGAAGAACAAGGGACUGAGGCUGUACCACAAGGACUACCAUCAGACCAAAACCAAGACCCACCUCCCACCUGACAUCAUCGCUAACCAGGUAGCUAAGCGUUGCCAGGAUAUGCUGAGCGACGUCCUCUACCGCACCUACCUGCACCAGUGGACUUGCCAUCCUGACCAGGAGGACGCCAUUCGUGCCCGCAAGACCAACGAGAUUCUCAGUGAUGUGUACUACAAGGAUGACCUGAACUGGAUGAAGGGUAUCGGUUGCUAUGUCUGGGACACACCAGAGAUUCUUCGUGCCAAGAAGUCCUACGAGCUGCAGAGUGAUCUGCAAUACAGAGACGAGGCCAAGAAAGAAUUCAACAAUUACUCCAUCGUGACGGACACCCCAGCUUAUGUGACUGCUGUUCUGGGUCACACCUGGGCCAGUGAGCUCAACUACAGGGAGGCUUAUCAUAAGGAGAAGCACCAGUACACCACUGUUCUGGACACCUACGACUAUGCCAGAUGCCACAACUUCAAAUACUUCUUCAGCAACAAAAACUACACUGCUGCCUGGAACAAAAUCAAAGACAAGAGUUACCAUAUUCCACAUGACGCACAUGCCCUGAAACAUGCCAAACAACAGAAGAUCAUUCUCAGCAGCGUGAAGUACAAGGAGGAUUAUGAGAAGUUCAAAUCCCUCUACAGUCUGCCCAAGUCUCUCGAGGACGAUCCCGCAACUGCUCGCUGCGUCAAAGCUGGAAAGCUGGUCCUGGACCGCCUGUACAAAGAGGACUACGAGAAGACCAAGGCCAAGACCCAUAUCCCACCAGACAUGCUGGAGAUCCUGUCUGCCCGCAACACCCAGUCCACCGUCAGCGGAAUCCACUACCGCAAGUAUCUGCACCAGUGGCUGUGCCUGCCCGACAUGCAGAUGUACGUCCAGGCUCGCAAAGUCAACGAGCAGCUCAGUGACAUCUUCUACAAGGAUGAUCUCAACUGGCUGAGGGGUAUCGGCUGCUAUGCCUGGGACACACCAGAGAUCCUCCGUGUCAAGCAUGCUGGUGACCUUCAGAGUGAGAACAAGUACAGAGCUAAAGGUAUUGAGUCUUUCAAGGACUAUUCAGUGGUGACGGACACUCCAGUCUACGAGACGGCCAAGCAGAACGCUCAGAACCUGAGCGAUCUGCACUACCGCUUUGAUUACAACGCCAACAUCAAGGGCACAAACACUGCACCUGCUGUUACCAUUGAGACAGAAAGGGCACGUCUGGCUAACUACAUCCAGAGUGAUAACUGGUACAAAGAGGCCAACAAGAGCUUCAUGCCAACUGGUUACUCCCUACCCCACGACACCCCGCUCAUCAAGCAGGUUAAGGCGAACAGCGUUGUUUCCAGCAAUGUGAAGUACAAGGAGGCCUAUGAGAUGACGAAGGCCAAGGGAUACACUCUUCAUCCAGAGGGUGUCAACUUUGUCAACACAAGGAAAGCUAACAAGAUCAUCAAUGAGCGUCUGUAUCGUGAGCUGUACCAGAAGCAAAAGGACAAGAUCCACACAACCUACGACACCCCUGAUAUCAGACAAGUCAAGAUGAACCAGGCGAACCUCAGCGACUUGUGCUACAAAGAGAAAUACUACAACAGCAGAGGCCAGCUGAUCUCUAUGCCCAUUACACCGGAGCUGUUGCACUGCUACCACGUCAAUGACAUCACCAGCGAGCUGAAAUACAAAGAGGAUCUGAUGUGGCUGAGAGGCGUCGGCUGCUUCUUGUAUGACACUCCAGAGAUGGUCCAUGUCCGCAACAUCACCAAAUUCAAGGUGAACUAUCCAGUGGAGGCCAAGAAGAACCUCGCCAACUAUUCUGUGGUCCUGGACACUCCAGAGUACAAGCGUGUGACUGAGCUCAAGACCCACAUGAGCAAUCUGAUCUACAAAGCCCAGAGCAAGGAGGACAUGGCUAAAGUCACCUCCAGCGUGGACUCUUUGGACAUCCAGAGAGUCAAAUGGGCCCAGCAGCUGACUAACAAAUACAUGUACACAGACCUGGCCGCUAAGGAGAGAGCUCAUUUUACUCAAGAAAUUGAAACUCCAAACAUGGGCCAUGCUAGAAAAAUGAAAGUGGUCUACAGUGAUAACAAGUACAAAGAUCAGUAUGAGAAGAUGAAGCACAGGUACACUGCCAUUGCUGACACACCUAUCCUGAUCCGUGCCAAGAAAGCCUACCUCCAGUCCAGUGAUCUGCGCUACAAAGAGACCUUUGAGCUCGCCAAGGGCCACUACCACACGGUCAAGGAUGCCCUGGACAUCAUCUACCACCGCAGAGUCACUGAUGACAUCAGUGAGGUUAAAUACAGGGAGAAGUACAUUAACUCUCUGGGAACCUGGAAGUCCAUCCCCGACCGCCCUGAGUUCUUCUUCAGCAGGAUCGUCAAUGAUAACAUCAGCAACAUCAAGUACAAGGAGGACCUGGAUUGGCUGAGGGGAAUCGGCUGCUACGUAUGGGACACACCUGAGCUGCAGCAGGCUGAAAGGAACAAGACGCUGUACAGUGAGAGACUGUACAAAGCCUCAUAUGAGAAGAACAGAGGCAACUUCAAGUAUACCUGCGACACUCCAUUCUUCGAGGCUGUCAAGAACGCUUCAGUUCUCAUGAACAACAGGGCCUACAGAGCUAAUUAUGAGAAGACCAAGGAUAAGUUCACCAUAACUACAGAUGAUCCUAGGUACCAACUGGCCAGGGAGAACAGGAAAAUGAGCCAGUGGAGGUACAGGGAGCAGUAUGAACGUGCCAAGGACAAGUUCACCUCCAUUCUGGACACUCCUGAGUAUGAGGCUCACAAACGCAGCAAGAAGAUCAGUGACAUCAUCUACAGGAUGGAGUACAACAAGACCAAGGCUAAGGGAUACACCUUGCCUUACGACACACCAUACCAACAGCACAUGAAGAAGGUCAAGGAGAUCACCAGCACUCUGAAGUACAAAGAGGUGUACGAGAAGAGCAAGGCUCAGAUCAACAUGGAUCCUGAGGCUCGUGAGAUCCGCGCCGCAAAGGAGGCCUACAAGAACAUCAGCAACCUUGACUACAGGAAAAAGUAUGAAGCCACCAAGAACAAAUGGGUCUGGACAACAGACAGACCCGAUUUUCUCAAUGCUGCCAAGAACUCCUUGCAGCAGAGUGAUGUUGAGUACAAGUAUGACAAAGAGAUGCUGAAGGGCUGCGUGAUCCCUGUUGUUGAUGAUAAGUUGACCAUCCUGUGCAAGAGAAAUGCUGAAAUGGCCAGUGAUGUGAAAUACAAAAAGAAGUAUGAGCAGGAGAAGGGCCACUACGUGCCCGUCCUGGACACUCCUCAAAUUCUCCACGCCAAGGCUGUGCGAACUCUGGCAUCGGAGAGCAAAUACAAGGAGGCCAGUAAGAAGGAAAUGCAGUCCGGCUCAUUCACUACCCUGUCCGAGACCCGUGACACAGCCCACAGCAAGGAGGUCAACAAGCUCGUCAGCGGGAAAGUGUAUAAAGCAAAGUUUGAGAAGGAGAAGGGCAAGUCAGUGUACAACCACAUGAUUGUUCCACCUGAUGUUCAGCAUGCCAUUGACGUGGCCAAGACUCAGAGCAGCGUCGCUUACAAGAAGGAUGCCAAAGCCAACCUGCACUACACCACUGUGGCUGACCGUCCGGACAUAAGGAAGGCUACCCAGGCUGCCAAACUUAUUAGCGAUGUCGGCUACCGUAACAAGGCCCGUGAGGAGGCAAGCCGCGGGGGCUCUCUGGCCCACCGCCCAGACAUCGCUCUGGCCACUGAGGUGUCCAAGCUGACCAGCCAGUUGAAGUACAAGGAGAAGUUUGACAAGGAGGUGAAAGGAAAGAGGCCACAAUAUGACCUGAAGGACAGUAAGAUUUACAAGACGCUGAAGGAAGCCAACGUGCUGGCUAGUGAGGUGAAGUACAAGGGUGACUUGAAGAAGAUCCACAAGCCUGUGACUGACAUGGCCGAGUCUCUGUCCAUGCAGCACAACCUGAGCACCAGCAAACUGUCCAGCAACUACUGCUACAAGAAGAAAUUUGAGGAGAGUAAGGGUCACUACCAUAUGAUUCCUGACACACCAGAGCAGCUCCAUCUCAAGGAGGCCUCUGAACUUCAGAGCAACGUGAAAUACAAGGAGAAGUAUGAGAAGGAGAAGGGCAAGGCCAUGCUGGACUUUGAGACACCCACAUAUGUGACUGCGAAGGAGGCCCAGCACAUGCAGAGCCAGAAAGACUAUAAGAAGGACUAUGAGGAAAACAUGAGGGGCAAGAACCUCUCAGGCUUGGAGGUCACCCCUGCCAUGAUACAUGUCAGACACGCCACCAAAAUAGCCAGUGAGAAAGAGUACAGGAAGGAUCUAGAAGAGGGAGUGAAGGGUAAAGGGCUAACUGUACUGGAGGAAACUCCGGAGCUUUUGAGAGCAAGGAAUGCCACUCAAAUCCUGUGUGAGAGAGAGUACAAGAAAGCACUGGAGCAGGAGAUUAAGGGCAAGGGAAUGUUGGCUUUGGCUACAGACACCCCCGACUUCAUGAGGGCCAGGAACGCUACCGACAUCCUCAGUCAGACAAAGUACAAGCAGACCGCUGAGAUGGACAGGGCCAGUUACACCUCUGUCAUCGACACCCCAGACAUCAUCCAUGCUCAGCAGAUGAGGAACAUUGUCAGCCAGAAAAAGUACAAAGAGGAGGCUGAGAAGACGAUGUCUCACUACGUGCCAGUCCUGGACACUCCGGAGAUGCAGAGAGUCCGUGAGAACCAGAAGAACUUCAGCACUCUUCAAUACCAGAUUGACCUUAAAAACAUAAAGGGCAAAGUGUCUACUGUAAAGGACACUCCUGAAAUGCUGCGUGUUAAAGAGAAUACAAAGAAUUUCAGCUUGAUUCACUACAAAGAGGAUUUGGGAGGAGGAACAGCUUUACCCGAGACCCCUGACAUGGAGAGAGUUAAACGCAACCAGCAGAACAUAAGCACGAUACAGUACAAGGAUUCUGUGGGUCAAGGCACAGCCAUACCAGAUCUCCCCGAGGUGAAGCGGGUCCGAGAAACCCAGAAGAAUAUCAGCUUGAUACAGUACAAGGAUUCUGUGGGUCAAGGCACAGCCAUACCAGAUCUCCCCGAGGUGAAGCGGGUCCGAGAAACCCAGAAGAAUAUCAGCUUGAUACAGUACAAGGAUUCUGUGGGUCAAGGCACAGCCAUACCAGAUCUCCCCGAGGUGAAGCGGGUCCGAGAAACCCAGAAGAAUAUCAGCUUGAUACAGUACAAGGAUUCUGUGGGUCAAGGCACAGCCAUACCAGAUCUCCCCGAGGUGAAGCGGGUCCGAGAAACCCAGAAGAAUAUCAGCUUGCUUCAAUACAAAGAAGGAGUGGGACAAGGCACGUCAGUAUCAGAGACCCCAGAGAUGGAGAGAGUUAAACGCAAUCAGCAAAAUAUUAGCACGAUAAAGUACAAGGACUCUUUAGGUCGAGCCACAGCUAUACCGGACCUCCCUGAGGUGCAGCGGGUCAAACAAACCCAGAAGCACAUCAGCUCGGUGUUGUAUAAAGACAGUUCAGCCAAGGGAACUCCUGUGGUGUUUACUCCAGAGAUGGAGCGAGUCAAAAGGAACCAAGAAAACAUUAGCUCGGUGCUGUACUCGGACAGUUUCCGCAAGCAGGUCCAGGGCAAGGCCGCCUUCGUCCUGGACACACCUGAGAUGAGGCGCGUCAGGGAGACCCAGCGCAUCAUUUCUGGAGUGAGAUACCACGAGGACUUUGAGAAAAGCAAGGGCAGCUUCACUCCCACCACCUCCGACCCCGUGACAGAACGCGUGAAGAAGAACACCCAGGACUUCAGCGACAUCAACUACCGCGGCAUCCAGAGGCGUGUGGUGGAGAUGGAGAGGAGACGUGCCGUCGAGCAUGACCAGGAGACCGUCACUGAUCUGCGCGUGUGGCGCACAAACCCCGGCUCUGUGUUUGACUACGACCCCGCUGAGGAUAACAUCCAGUCCAGGAGUCUGCACAUGAUGUCAGUGCAAGCUCAGCGCCGCAGCAAGGAGCACUCCCGCUCCACCAGCGCUCUGAGCGGCAUGGCUGAUGAGAAGUCUGAGGUGUCCCAGGACGCCGACCACCACAUGUCCCUCUACAGCAACGGCUUCAUGACCUCCUCUACUGGCUACCAGCACGCUAAGACUGUGGAGCUGCAGCAGAGGUCAUCUUCAGUGGCCACCCAGCAGACCACAGUUUCCUCCAUCCCCUCACACCCCUCUACCACCGGAAAAACUGUGCGUGCCAUGUACGACUACUCUGCAGCCGACAACGAUGAGGUGUCCUUCAAGGACGGCGAUGUCAUCGUUAACGUGCAGGCCAUCGACGAGGGGUGGAUGUACGGCACUGUGCAGCGCACCGGCAAGACCGGCAUGCUGCCAGCCAACUACGUUGAAGCAAUUUAAAGACAAAGCCCGCCCAUCGUCCCUCCGGAGUGGGCGAGACACAUCCACAGGGCAAACUGAUCGGUCUUCCUGUGAAUCACAACUUCUGUGGCUUCGUGCAAUGUGUAGCUUUUAGUUCCUUGUAGCUCUGUGACUGUAUUUGAAUUGUGUUGUAAUUGUCGUUGGUAAGUCUGUUAUCAUUCAUAUGCUGCUGCCCCCGUUUCCUGUGGAUGUGACAUGAGCAUCGUGACCUGACACAUAUAAAUAUUUCAGAUUAUACAUACUAUGCCUACUAUUUUACUAUUUUAGAUUGUUUAACUGUUCUAAGACGCUGUCUUGGAAAAGCAAGAGUCACUAACAUACAUCCUGGCCCAUUAUUUUGUAAAUUUCACUAAUAUUUAAUAUAUAUAAAAACAUUGUUUGUCCGAGUUGUACCGAGAGAAUAUUUUCUCAUAAAAAAACAAUGGGCUCAAGAAGUUCCUGUUGUGCCUUUAAUGGAAGUUCUAUGGAGAGAAAAAAGGAAAUGAUUAAAACAAAGAAACUUACAAGGAGUCAGUCACCAUCUACCUCCUCCAUGAUUAAACCACUCCUGAAGAGUUGUAUGAGACAAGCCUCAGUCUUCCCUCCUUUACACUGAAGGCUGGCCACUAGUAGAAUGUGUGUUUUGUUUCUUCCGAUUAUUUAGGUCCUGGGGUAAGGUGCGUCCUUUACCUUUAAUCAGUAGCUAAUAAAGCACACCAAGCUCCUGCA